GCCGUUGAGCUCCAUGUCUAAUCCGUUCUUGUCAGCCAACUUUGGAGCAGGCAAUGACUCAGGCAAUGAGAAUACUCUGGGGUCGGUGUCAGUGCCAAACUUAGACGAUCUCAUCCGCACUGUGAGGGGUAUUGCGUCCUCUGCAGACUCGCCAGCCAGAUCCGACACCACCAGUCCUGUAGGCUUAUCUCAGCCACUGAGCAUCCUCGCAGACGACCCCCUCCAACUGGCACAGACCUUCAGCACCGGCAGCACAGGCAGCACACGAACCACCCCACAGCACACGCCACACCCACCACCCACACCCCCAGUACAAACACCCGAGCCACAGUGUGCGUGGGUGUGCACGGGCUGUCUGCGGCAGAUUAAGGAUGCGUCGCUGGGGCAGAUGGUAGGUGACAGGGCGUGGCACACUCAGUGUAUGGUGUGUGAGGUGUGUGGCGUGAGAGUAGGCUCGGGAGGUGUCCCGGUCCACCGGUCCGGGGCGGCGCUGUACUGCUUCCAACAUAAGAUGUCUGCGAGAAGGUGUCGUGGAUGUGACGCCGUAGUGCAUUUGACGGGCGCUGAGUCGCACUCGGCACUGCGUGUGGCUGAGAGCGGAGAUCUGUGGCAUUCCGAAUGUUGUACGUGUGCCACGUGCGGGAGUACAUUCCAGAGCGGAUCUACUCUGAGAGUAGUGGGCGGGCAGACGUACUGCGAGGAGCAUUUUGCCGCGCUGUCAUUGGUGUGUGCGAUGUGUACGUUGGGGCUGUGGGCCAAUGAGAGCUACGUAAAACAAGACAACAAGACGUGGCAUGCGACGUGUGCGCCUGAGGAGAUGCUCAAGUGAGCAGCCGAGAAUAGUGUAGAUAUAAUAUAAUAGAACAACGAGAGGGAGAGAAAAUAUAGUACGACAACUGAGGUAAUCAAAUCAUAGUAAUAGUGUGUAGAUAUAAGAGAACAACGAGAGGGAGACAACAU